CGUCGUCUCUCGGUCACUUCCCUUCGCCAUGCAGGCGAGGCCGCCGCCGCCGCCGCGGAACUGAGGCGGAGCUGCCGUCCCGGUCCCCCGUGGUCCCGCCCAACGCCGGACUCGGUAGCACAACUAAAAAAAAAGAAAAGAAAAGGUUUUCAUGGAAUUCAGAUGAAUGGUGAUGGAUGAUGCAGUUCAAAUAACUAAGGUCAGCAUGGAUUCCUGGUUCAUUCUUGUUCUGCUUGGCAGUAGUCUGAUGUGUGCCAGUGCCAACAAUGCUACCACAGUUUCACCCUCCUUGGGAAUUACAAAAUCAGUUACAGCAUCAGCAGCAGAAUCGGCUAAAGAAGAGAACAAAACUUCAAAUCCAACCUCUUCAGUAAUUUCUACUUCUGCAGCAACAACAUUCAGCCGAAAUCUAACUCUACAACCCACCUAUGUAACCACUGUCAAUUCUUCACACUCUGACAAUGGGACCACACAAAUAGCAAGCACCAAUUCUGUAGGCAUUACCAUGUCACCAAAUGGAACAUGGCUUCCAGACAGCCAGUUCACAGAUGCCACAACAGAACCCUGGGAUGGGAAUUCCAGCACUGCUGCAACCACUCCAGAAACCUUCCCUCCUGCAGGUAAUUCUGACUUGAAGGACAGAAGAGAUGAGACUCCAAUUAUCGCAGUGAUGGUGGCCCUGUCCUCUCUGCUAGUGAUCGUGUUUAUUAUCAUAGUUUUAUACAUGCUAAGGUUUAAGAAAUACAAGCAAGCUGGGAGCCAUUCCAAUUCUUUCCGCUUAUCAAAUGGCCGCACCGAGGAUGUGGAGCCCCAAAGUGUGCCACUUCUGGCCAGGUCCCCAAGCACCAACAGGAAGUACCCACCUCUGCCUGUGGACAAACUGGAAGAAGAGAUUAACCGAAGAAUGGCUGAUGACAAUAAGCUCUUCAGAGAAGAAUUCAACGCUCUUCCUGCUUGUCCAAUCCAAGCCACUUGUGAAGCUGCCUCCAAGGAGGAAAACAAGGAAAAAAAUCGAUAUGUAAACAUCUUGCCUUAUGACCACUCUAGAGUCCACCUGACACCUGUUGAAGGAGUUCCAGAUUCCGAUUACAUCAAUGCUUCAUUCAUCAAUGGCUACCAAGAAAAGAAUAAAUUUAUUGCUGCACAAGGACCAAAGGAAGAAACAGUGAAUGAUUUCUGGAGGAUGAUCUGGGAACAAAAUACAGCCACCAUUGUUAUGGUGACCAACCUGAAGGAGAGAAAGGAGUGUAAAUGCGCCCAGUACUGGCCAGACCAAGGCUGUUGGACCUAUGGGAAUAUUCGUGUGUCUGUAGAAGAUGUCACUGUCCUGGUAGACUAUACAGUACGAAAGUUCUGCAUUCAGCAGGUAGGCGACGUGACCAACAGAAAACCACAACGCCUCAUCACUCAGUUCCACUUUACCAGCUGGCCAGAUUUUGGGGUUCCUUUCACCCCAAUUGGCAUGCUCAAGUUCCUCAAGAAGGUGAAGGCCUGUAACCCUCAGUAUGCAGGGGCCAUCGUGGUUCACUGCAGUGCAGGUGUAGGGCGCACAGGUACCUUUGUUGUCAUUGAUGCCAUGCUGGACAUGAUGCACACAGAGCGGAAGGUGGAUGUCUAUGGUUUUGUGAGUCGAAUUAGAGCCCAGCGCUGCCAGAUGGUGCAAACAGACGUAAGUGGUCUUGGGAUGAGAGGGGACAAAAGGUGGCAUUCCAAUACCAAACAAACAUCUGCUCACCUCCAGGCCAUUUAUCAGGAUGUUCCUAGGAUCAGCAAUGUCUCCCCUCCCUUCCUCAUUCAGAAGUUAACAUCAAUCAAAAUCCAGAAUGACAAGAUGCGUACAGGAAACCUUCCAGCCAAUAUGAAGAAAAACCGUGUUUUACAGAUCAUUCCAUAUGAAUUCAACAGAGUGAUCAUUCCAGUUAAGCGGGGCGAGGAAAACACAGACUACGUGAAUGCAUCCUUCAUUGAUGGCUACCGGCAGAAGGACUCCUACAUUGCCAGCCAGGGCCCUCUUCUACACACAAUUGAGGACUUCUGGCGAAUGAUCUGGGAGUGGAAGUCCUGUUCCAUCGUGAUGUUAACAGAACUGGAAGAGAGAGGCCAGGAGAAGUGUGCCCAGUACUGGCCAUCUGAUGGCCUGGUGUCCUACGGAGACAUCACAGUGGAGCUGAAGAAGGAGGAAGAAUGUGAGAGCUACACUGUCCGGGACCUCCUGGUCACCAACACCAGGGAGAACAAGAGCCGGCAGAUCCGACAGUUCCACUUUCAUGGCUGGCCUGAAGUGGGCAUCCCCAGUGAUGGAAAGGGCAUGAUCAGCAUCAUCGCAGCCGUGCAGAAGCAGCAGCAACAGUCGGGAAACCAUCCCAUCACCGUGCACUGCAGCGCCGGGGCAGGACGGACGGGGACCUUCUGUGCUCUAAGCACAGUCCUGGAGCGUGUGAAAGCAGAGGGGAUUCUGGAUGUCUUCCAGACUGUCAAGAGCCUGCGACUGCAAAGGCCACACAUGGUCCAGACACUGGAACAGUAUGAGUUCUGCUACAAGGUGGUGCAGGAGUACAUUGAUGCAUUCUCAGACUAUGCCAACUUCAAGUAACAGGAGAUGAGGCUCACGGACAGAAUUGCCUUUAAUAUUUUGUAAUAUUCUGUUUUGUUAAUAUACCCAAAAUUGUGUAUAUAUCUUAUAACUGUUUUAGAAAUUGGUACAUAGGCUUCUAUUACCUAUUAGGUGGAGAUUUUAUAUGUAAAUGUGUUAGCACUGAUAGUCCUUUUUCCAAUGUUUUAUUGGGGAAUUAAAUAGUGUGAUGUUUGGAUUGAUAUCGUGAAAUCCUCAGCCUGGAAAUUGGGCUGGUUUAUUACUCUGCAUUAAAACAUCUGUUCCUAAAGAAAAUAAACACAAAACCCAUUCCAGGUAGCUCGGCACCAACUAAGAAAACAAGCACAAAGUUCUCAGAGCUCUUGAGGAAAUGGUCGUCCCCGUGCCCCAAUGAAAACCUGUGUCCUCUCCUUCACUGUAAAUUACCCCUCCUCUCUCCAGCCCACUCCUGCCAUCUCCUACAUCCCAGCAGCCCCCUGUGGGGAGUAAUGGGACCAGAGCGGUAUCUCUGGCACCACACUAGGGAUUAUCAGGUAAUAAAAGCUUUGACUCCCUGCG